AUGGCAUCAUCACCACCCUCCUACACGGCCAAAGCCGACCCCCGGAGGGACAGACCGCCGCCAUACAAGGCGUCGCAUGGGUUCGCCAACAGCCAAGAAGAACUGGCGGCGCUCCGAGAAUUCGCCAACUCCAAGCUCUACGUCGAGCCGGGCUCCCAUGGCAUGUUGCCGGACCUGCGCGGCGGGGCCGGCGGGCUGCAGUCGCUGGCGUGGGGAGGGCCCAAGGGGGGUGCCGAGAAGCCGUAUUGGGAGGUCGGCUGGCCCGCUCCGGAGAGCAGGGAGGAGCGCAAGAGACGCAAGGAGCUUGAGAAGCAGAGGAAGAAGGAGGAGAAGGAGGAGAGGGAGAGAGAGAGGGACAGGGACAAGGACAAGGACAAGGAAAUCCACACGGAGAGGCGAGGGAGUGUGGCUGAGAGAUUGAUGAGGGUCAUCAGUCGCGGCAGCAGUAAAGAUGGAGAUGCGAUUUCUUGA